AUGGCAAGUUUAGACGAGUUCAGGACGUACCGUUCCCCGCUGAAGGACUUCUACGAAGGAAAGCACGUCCUGCUGACCGGUGGAAGCGGGUUUCUCGGAAAGCUGCUAAUAGAGAAACUAAUCAAAUGCAACGUGGCAGAGAUCCUGCUAAUUCUGAGAUGUAAAAAGGGCCUCAGCCCCACUGAGCGGCUCGAGCAACUUCUGGGCAAAGAGUCUGUGUUCGUGAACUACGCCAAAGAUCCGCAGCUGUACUUGUCGAAAAUUCGGCUCAUCCAGGGCGACAUCAGUGAGAUUGGAGUCGGGAUCGCCAACGAUGAUCUGGCGUACAUUUACGAGCGGACGAACAUCAUCAUUCACGCAGCGGCAGACGUACGCUUUGACGAAUCACUCAAGGAGUCUGUCCAGACCAACGUUCGCGGUACGCAGGAAAUGUUGAUGAUAGCGGAAAAGUGCUCCCAGCUCGAGAUUUUCACCUACAUCUCGACGGCUUUCUCUCACUGCGUUCUGAGAGUGAUCGAGGAGAAGUUCUACGAGCCUCCCAUUGAUCCGACGCUGUUGAUCAAAGUGUCGGAAAAGGAACAAGAUGCAGACGAUUUCGAAAUGCUAUCUAAGAAAAUCAUCAAACCCUGGCCGAACACAUACGCUUUCACGAAGUCCCUUUCCGAGGAGAUCGUUCGACGGUACAGGAACAAAUUGCCAGUGGCGAUCAUCAGACCAUCCAUCAUAACUACAACCAAAGAAGACCCGUUCGCCGGUUGGACAGACAACUUGUACGGCUUCAACGGGGUUGUGUGCGGUGCAGCCACAGGUGUCCUGCGGAUAUUCCACAUCCACAUGGACUACAAAGCUAGCAUCGUGCCGGCUGACACGGUCAUCAACUCGACACUAGCGGUCACCUGGUACUCUGCGGGUCGGCGCGAUCAGGAUAACGUAUUCAACUGCACUACCGACGAGAAUCCGGUGAGCUGGCGUGAAACCCAGGUUCAGCUGGAAGAGUGGAAGGAUCGCAUCCCGUUCGAGAAGUCCCUGUGGAUCACGACAUACAACACAACCCGGUACGAGCUGGUGUGGGACUUCUUGUCGAUCUUCUACCAUAUCCUCCCGGCACUGCUGUUCGAUGCCGUGCUGAAGUUGCGUGGCCAAAAGCCGCAGGUGCUGAAGCUGUACCAGAAGGUGCACCGUUUCUCGGCAGUGUUACGCUUCUUCACCAACAACGAGUGGUGUUUCCGGACGGAGCGUAUGCGCCAGGUGUUGGACACGAUGACGACCGACGAUCAGCGGUACUUCCCGUGUGACACGAAAGCGAUCUGUUGGAACGACUUCCUAGACGAUCAGAUCAAGGGCUUGCGGCAGUACUUGAUGCGGGAUCCGUGGAGUACGCUCGAGAAGUCACUCCGUCGGCAUCGGAUGCGUAUGCUAAUGCAUCGCUGCCUGCUGCUGGUGUUGUACGGUGCGAUGGCUUACGUGAUCGUACGUCUGCUGCACGCAUUCGGGCUUUUGGAUUUUGAAGGGCUGUUUGAACCCGCCAACGACGAAUGCCCGGAAGUGAUCGCUGUUUGA